AUCGAUCAAUGACAACAACUUCUCUGGUGUGCUUCCGGCGUCCUUCUCAGCAAUCAGUAAUCUCUUCUACCUGAAUGCUGGAAACAACCAUUUCACAGGAACCUUCCCGGAUUUUAUUCUGCGCCGCAAGGGCCUUCCUUACCUGAACUUGGGCAACAACAGGUUCACAGGGACUAUCCCCCGCGAAUUGACCGAGUUUGUCGACCUAGGUCACAUAAUGCUCAAUAGCAACAAUUUCCAUGGAACUUUCCCAUGGGGCCUCCUUGAGCUACCCGGUUUAUCCUGGCUGGAUGUAUCUAACAACUCUCUUUCUGGGGAACUCCCACGUACUCUCAGGGUCCCAACUUUUCUGAACAUGCUAAACCUGGGAGGAAAUGACUUCACGGGCUCCUUACCAGACUUCUCACGCUGGAACAUCAGCUGUGACGAGAUAAAUCUCAGCGGCAACAACUUCACAGGGUCGAUUCCCGACUCCAUCUCCACCCUCACCACCCUCGAUGGCAUUUUUCUCAACAACAACCAGUUGACUGGCACCAUCCCUUCAGCCAUCUUCACCAUGAGGAAAUUGGCAUACAUCUACUUGGCCAACAACCAUCUCACUGGCAGUCUGCCAGCUGCCAUCAGCCAACUGAAGAAUCUUGAACAGAU